AUGUGCGAGCUCAACUUCCUACCGCUCCGCCCGGGGGCAUUGGAAGACGAAGAGCUCGCGGAGUUCACCGACCAGGGAAUCAUCAACGCGGCAGGGGAGGACCGGACGAUGCAGGCUUCCUCCCAUCUUCCAGAAAAUCCGGCAACGGUAACAGAUGCAGCCGCGGAUGUUUUCGGCGGGGUGGCGGUGCUGAUGCGGACCAAGCACGAGGUGUACCUGAUGCGGGGAUUGUCUGGCCUCGGCCCCGGGUUUAUAUCCUUGGACGCUAGCCGGCCGUGGAUGGUCUACUGGAUCCUCCACUCGCUGGACCUGCUCGACCACUUCCCGCAGCAGGAAAUGACUCGAAGGAUUCUGCGCACGGUGUUGUCCUGCCAGGACACCAUCAACGGAGGCUUCGGCGGCGGCCCCCAGCAGCUGCCUCACUGCGCCCCGAUGUACGCCUCCGUCCUGUCUCUGCUCAUCCUCGGAACUCCCGAGGCUUACGCCGGCAUUGAGAGGUCUGCCUUAUACCGAUUGUUUAUGUCGCUCAAACACGCCUCCGGCGGGUUUCGGAUGCACGACGACGGAGAGGUGGACGCCAGGGGCACCUACACGGUCAUCGCGGUGGCGUCGCUGCUGAACAUGCUGACGCCGGAGCUGUCGGAAGGAGUUGCCGACUUUGCGUCGUGCAUGCCGUAG